GACUGCACACGGUUUGCACACGGAAACAGGACAGAGCUUCCGUUGGUGAAGGUUCACUGCUGUUGCGUUGUUUUGCUAGCUAGCUUGUUGGUUUUCUCUGAUUACACAGUCCCACUUUCAUUUUAAUCAGCAGUGGCAGGUUAUUAGAUUUUUUUCAAUGGUUUCCUUUUGUCCUGUGUAGCUUAUGCUACCGCGUGGAAUAUAAUAACGAUAUUUCUAUUUAUAAUCAGCGUCACUUAGCAUUUCUUCAACAUGACUUCUCGGCGACCUGAUAGCUUUGACGGCUUAGGUUACAGGGGAAGGGAGGAUCCGUCAUACGGUGGGGGCUACUCUGGAAGGUCAUUCAAUAAUGCAUCUAGUGCUGAUCUGCAGCACUGGGUCACGACCCCCCCUGACAUCCCAGGUAGCCGAAAUUUGCAUUUCGAUGAACGCACACCACAAUUUGAGACGGGCCCUGCUCCUCCGGGGUCAGACGAUCCCCAGGCAGCUGCUCCACCAUCCGAGCAAUUAAACAGAUUUGCUGGAUUUGGCAUUGGACUCGCAAGCCUCUUUACAGAAAAUGUCCUGGCUCAUCCGUGCAUUGUAUUUCGUCGCCAAUGCCAGGUUAAUUAUCACGCACGGAACUAUCAUCUGUCCCCCUUUACUGUGGUCAGUGUGAUGUACAAUGUCACCAAAACUCAGGGUCCAAAAGCUUUAUGGAAAGGAAUGGGCAGCACUUUCGUAGUACAGGGAGUUACUCUGGGAACAGAGGGAAUCAUCAGUGAAUGCACUCCCUUACCAAGAGAAUUGUCCCACAAGUGGAACCCCAAGCAAGUUGUUGGACACCUCGUGCUUAAAGGUCUGACGUACGUUGUUGCCAUGCCUUUCUACUCUGCAAGUCUCAUUGAGACUGUUCAGAGCGAGAUCAUUCGGGACAACCCGGGCAUCCUUGACUGUGUGAAGGAGGGCGUGGGCCGGGUCAUGGGCCUCGGCGUGCCGCACAGCAAGCGCCUGCUGCCCCUGUGGGCCCUGGUGCUGCCCACCGCGCUCCACGGCAUCCUGCACUACGUGGUCAGCUCCGCCGUGCAGAAGCUCGUGCUGGCCCUGCUCCGUCGCCGCCGCUCCCCCUCCUCCUCGCCGUCCGCCGCCUCCUCGCCGCCACUGUCCCCGUCGAAGAGCAACGGCGCCCCGGGCCAGACGGACGCCGUGCAGAGCAUGCUGGACGCCUACUUCCCCGAGCUCAUGGCGAGCUUCUGCGCCAGCCUGGUUGCCGACGUGCUGCUGUACCCGAUGGAGACGGUGCUGCAUCGGCUGCACAUACAGGGCACGCGCACCAUCAUCGACAACACUGACCUGGGCUUCGAGGUGCUGCCCAUCAACACGCAGUACGAGAGCGUGCGCGAGUGCGUUGGCGCCAUCCGCCGCGAAGAGGGCACGCUGGGCUUCUACAAGGGCUUUGGCGCCGUGCUGGUGCAGUACUCGCUCCACGCCGCCGUGCUGCAGAUCACCAAGAUGAUCUACUCCACCCUCCUGCAGAACGCGUGAGAAGCGGAGAGACGAAGGUGGAGGUGGAGGUUGAGGUGAAAGAGAGAGAGUGAGUGAGAGAGAGAGAGAGACGAGACGAGAACAAGAAUGUGUCAAGACAGACACAGUGCGGUACGCACCCACACACUUGGCACAUACAGAGAAUAUGCAGAUGUUGCCUCCAAAGUUUACCUUCUUAAACACCAAGACACUGUCUGAGCGCGAUUCCACUGAGUGUGUGAAGGGGGUGUUAUUAUUUGUUGUUGUUGUUGUUUUUUUUCAUCUUGGCUUUGAUUGGUGAUGGGUUCAUUCCAGAUGAGACUCUUGAUGUGAAUUCUUCAUUUGUGCGUACAUGUAAUUUUCAGGAAAUGAAGGUAUUCAACUAAUCCACAUGCACAUGCACUGGUUGAAGUUUAGAGGAUGCUUUGUAUCUGCAACACUGGCUCUGAUUCCAAAGGCACUGACUCAAUGCAUGACAUCUCCAGUUAAAUAUCUAUAUCUAAGUAAUAUGGCAAAUCUAAAACCUAACAAGUCCACCAAAACUGGAGUAUAUGUGCUCUCAAUGUAUAGCCUUGGCUCUUUUGACCCUUUCAAACAUAUAUUGCUCUGUAAAUUGUCUUUCAACACUGACCACAUACACAUGCUUUCUAAUCCUCCAGUCUUUUCAGCAAUGUCCUCUUUUUCCUCUUUGAUCUGUUUGGAGUGAAUGUUGCUUUUGGGUUAGAUGCGUGCGAACACUUGAGAAUGGACUGUGCCAAUUUGCCCUAGAUAGAUUUGUAUACAGAUUGUACAGAAAAAAACUAUAUAUACGAAUAGUGUAAAUGUCUUUAAAUUAUUAUUUGCACCUUAGUGGAAAUGUGUGAUAAGUCAAGUUGUCUAAAUGUGUUUGCAUCCACAAGGAUUUGUGUCAGACCUACUUGUGUCAAAUAAAAAUGUAUAACAUGCAAAGAUGGAAUAAAGCAAACUAAAGCACUUCUUAGA